AUGAUCUUUGGUCGCAUAGGAUCGCACGGCGACACCUUCUCCCACGCGGUUACUUGUAAGCGAUGGCUCGAAAUCGCGCGUCCCGCUCAAACCGCCCUCUGCAUUCGCGAAACCCGCGAAGCGUCCUCCCGAGAGCUCGCGAACGCCAUCGCGCAGUUUCGCAACCUUUCGCGCGUUCAUCUCCCCAACUGCAGCGUCGACAGAGUGGACGACGAUCUCCUCGACGGAAUCGCCGCGUCAUGCGGAGCGACUCUCAUUUCUUUCCGCUUCGGAACGGUGCGUCCCUUAACAAUGCAAGGCGCCUUCAACCGCCGCCAUGUGUACGACACUCAGGCAGCACCGCGUGAGCGUGUCGUGCAAGAAGGACAAGAACUCCCAGGACGGCUAGAAGCGGGAGAAGCGGCGGGAGAAGCGGAAGAGUCGACGACAGAAGCAGCUACCUACUCCGAAAUCACCGAAGGGGGUUUGGAUAGACUUUUUCGGGCCUGCCCGCAGUUAGAAGAAUUCGGUCUGCACUGCGCGCCGAAUCUCUCCCUUCGACCAGCGUCAUUUCUCGAGCUCGCGCGGAUCAGCGGGGGACCGUUGGAUGCCGAUUCGGUUUACAAAUGGAGCAUUCCGAACGACGCCAGCGCGCCGCCGAGCCUCCAGUUUCCAAAGCUGCAGGCUCCGAGCCUGACCGCGCUGCCAGAUAGCCUGGGGGAGCUGACGAACCUGCGCGAUCUUCAGAUUGGCUGCAGCGCGUUGCGAUUGCUGCCCGAGACUCUCGGGCAGCUUUCACGGCUGACGCGGCUGCACGUGACUGACUGCGGGCUUGCGCAGCUGCCCGAUUCUUUGUGCAACCUGCCCGCGCUCUCCUCUCUCUCCAUCACUUACUGCAUGCGAAUCAGCCGGCUGCCCGCGAAUCUCGGGCAGCUUUCAUCCUUACGGUCCCUGCAGCUGCACAGCGUGUUUAGUCUAGAGACGUUGCCCGAAUCUCUCGGGCAGCUGCCGAAUCUUGAAGCGUUGCGACUCCAUGGAUGCAAACGGCUAACUGAGUUACCCUCCUCGGUCUAUCAACUAACGCGGCUCCAGCUGCUGAGUAUUAGAGACUGCCCGCGAAUUGUCAGCCUCCCUGAUGAUAUGGGUUUCCUUAGCCGGCUCGAGUCGCUGGAGAUUAACACGUGCGAGUCGCUGAUUGGCCUCCCGCCCUCGUUUAUCCACCUCAUCAGCCUCCAGUCUCUUGAGGUUUGCUUCUGCAAGAGUUUCGCUUCAAUUCCCGCGGAUUUCGGGCAGCUGCCGAGCCUCCGCACCCUCAAGAUCUCCUCCAUUUCCUGUCUAGCCCACCUGCCCGAAUCCAUGGGACAGCUGUCUUCUCUGAAACACCUGGAGCUGUCCCAUUGGCCGCUUCUCCGCGCUCUGCCUUUCGCCCUGUUCGCGCUGAAGUCACUCGAAUGCCUGGCGGUCACCAGCUGCCAUCAUCUCUCAUCCCUUCCUGUGGGCAUCACACAGCUGAUGUCACUGAAGCUGCUGAAUUUGUCUGGUUCUGCUGCUCUUUCCGCACUGCCAGAGUUCCUCUGCCGGCUCAGCAGCCUGGAGCAGAUCCUCUUGACUGAUUGCUUUCGUUUGGUGCGGCUGCCCGAGAAUCUCGGGCAGCUGAUGAAUCUUCGACUGCUAGACCUGGAUGGAUGCGACAGCUUGCAGCGUCUGCCCGACUCGCUUUUGUCCAUAGAUGGACUGCAGAUAAGAGCUAGACCGGUGUUACGAAGAAUGGUCGCAACAAAAGCUGGUGUCGGGUUGGAUUGCGAUACGUACAGUAAAGGAGGAGCCUCUGAGUUAGAAUAUCAUGACAACCUAGAGACUUUGCAGGAUAUACACGAGUCGCACCAGAGGACAGGUGGAGACGUGCCAUUGGUGGAAAGGGGAGUGGGGUUGGAAUCAGAAGGUGAAAAGAGAGUAGGGGAGGAGGGUUGGAAUGGUGAGGAUGAGUGGGAUGGUGACUGGGAGUGGUUGCAGGAGGAGAGGGCUCAGAGGGAGUGGCAUCUGCGGUCACAGCGCUGUGCACUUGCAACGAUUGACGAUACCGCCACUAGCGUUGCUUCCGGCGUUUCCGAUGGCAGCGUGGCACCGCGGCUGAGGCGACGACGAGUAUGCUGGACGUCGUCAGGAGGUUGCGCCACGUGUCUGCGCGGGCAGCGCUGCUCCUUCCGCGUGUCCGUGCGCGCGCCCGCGCGAUGGGCGCACGUGCUGGAGGCGGACAAGGAGAGCUGGUGGAAGCGCGACUUAGCUCUGACUUUAAGAGGCAUCGCGCUAGCUCACGGGGACAUUAGGUGUCUAGACCCUCCGCACUGCACGGAAUUUAGAGUGUCGUACCGCGUCUGGGACCUCGGCAAUUACUGGGCGACGCUCCACGUGGGUGCGCCAAUCUCGACUUCUCUGCCUCCUUUGAGCACGCACCAGCACAGCAGCCUCCCUUGCUUCCCCCACUCCCCCUACCUCCCCCCCAUCCCGCAGGGCAACGUUGCACAAGUUCUCAACGAGAGGGGCAUUCGGGAGAUCUGCAUUGUGGGGGACAGUCACCAGCACUUUCCCCCUCCCCCUCCCCAUGCCCAUCCCCCUCCCAAUGCCCCUCCCCCUCCCCACGCCCCUCCCCCUCUCCAUGCCCCUCCCCCUCUCCAUGCCCUUCCCCCUCCCCAUGCCCCUCCCCCUCCCCAUGCCCCUCCCCCUCCCCCACUCGCCCGCUCCCAUAGGUGGGCUUUCUACCGCUGCACAGCCCCGGAGGUUCCCCCAUCCGAGUGGAUUGCCGCGUUGCACGAGAGGGGCAUUCGGGAGAUCAGCAUAGUGGGGGACAGCCACCAGCGGUUUCUAGCUGCGCACCUGCACUUCCUGCUCACGGCUCAGGCGGACAAGGAUGUGAAGCGGUGGCAGGAUAAUCUGGUGUUUGAUGCGCGCGAUAGCAGCAACCGCACUCUCCGAAUCAACUUUUACUGGAUCGAUGGGAUCUACAAAAACGGAGAAUUCGGAUGCACCCAUCGGGGAGUCACCACCAACCGAUCGGAGGAAUUCCCUGAGAUCUCCCCCACGGCUGACGUCACGCUGUUUGAAGGAGGCUACUGGGCAGCUUCCUUCUGCCGCCAGCCCCUCAAGGCGCUCCGAGUGCACCUCGAGGAGUUUGCCCGCUGGGCGCUUGCCGCCGCGCCCGCUAAAGGCCGGGUUAUUUUCCGAACUAUCCCAUCUUUUCCGGUGGCGGGGGACCGGUGUAACGCGUGGUAUCCCGGGCCGAGUUCGAACCGGGUGGUUAUGGCGAUUAAUGUUUUGCUGAAGCAGAUAGUGCAGGGGAGAGGCGUGGAGGGAGAACAGAGAGGAGUGGGGGAGGCGGGGAAUGUUGUUGAGAGAUUAGGGGCAUGGUGGCGAGGAGGGAUACGAGGUCGAGAUGUUGGUGGGGAAGGAAGGAGAAGUGGAGGAGGGAUAGAAAAGCUGGUGUAUCUUGAUUCGAGCCUGCAGGUGCUACCGCGGGACUCUGAAGAAGAGGUGGAAAACGCGGAGAGAGCAGGAGCAGAUAGCAACGGAGAAGCAGAGAGCAACGGAGCAGCGGAGAGCAACGGAGCAGCGGAGAGCAAAGGAGCUGCGACGGAUAUUGAAGAGGCGGACGAGAUUGCUGCAGCUGGUGGUGCUGACGGUGGUGCUGGUGAUGGUGCUGGUGCUGGUGCUGGUGCUGGUGCUGGUGCUGGUGCUGGUGCUGGUGCUGGUGCUGGUGAUGGUGCUGGUGCUGGUGCUGGUGCUGGUGCUGGUGCUGGUGAUGGUGCUGGUGCUGGUGCUGGUGCUGGUGCUGGUGCUGGUGCUGGUGCUGGUGCUGGUGCUGGUGCUGGUGCUGGUGAUGGUGAUGGUGCUGGUGAUGGUGUUAGUGGUGGUGGUAAGUCCUACUCAGAAAAGCGGCCACCACCACCAUCACCACGAGCAGCCGCAGAAGCGCCAUCUGCUGAGCUGGCAGCAUUGCCUGCAGGGGCAGCAACAGUGCUGGACACGUGGCAGGUGGACGCACCUCGGUAUGCGGACACAGCAGUGCCCAACGACCAUCAUUACUCCAUGGUGCAACCCACAGACGGAGGCACAGUUGUGGUCGGGGAGUGCACUCUAGCUGCUUGCCUCGUGGAGGGAGGGAGAGACGGAGAAGGAGGGAGACGAAGGGGGGAGGGAGGGAAGGAGGAAGCGAGGGAGGAAGGGAGAGAUGGAGGGAGGGAGGGAGGGAGGGAGGGAGGGAGAGACGGAGAAAGGGAGAGGUGGAAGGAGGGGGAGAGACGGAGAAAGGGAGAGAUGGAAGGAGGGAGGGAGGGAGAGACGGAGAAAGGGAGAGAUGGAAGGAGGGAGGGAGGGAGAGACGGAGAAAAGGAGAGAUGGAAGGAGGGAGGGAGGGAGGAAGGGCAGGUGGAUGCCCCUCGGUAUGCGCGCCUUCAUUCACUACCUGCUUCAUGUGCUUCCCCCACUCCAUGCGAGUGCAUUCUAGACGACUUUUGA